AAGAGGGGUGGUGCCAGGAUUAAGAGGGUUUGCAAUGGGGGGUCACACUGACAGAGGAGGGGCAAAGCCCUCAUGCCUACAUCUAGAAGCCAGCUGAUGACGUUAGAGAGCAGGAAAAACAGGCAAGACAGCGCAGUGUGAGAGAGAGGGGGAGAGAGGAAGAGAGAAAGCCAGGAUAGGAGGCGUGGAGCCAGCCAGCCUCUGCCUGGGCUCUCCUGAGCCACCAGAUUCCCCAGGCAGCCUGGACCACAAGGUACCCGAGAACUGCCUUGAGGAUGGGCACCAGGGUAGUGGUCUCACCCCACCCUGUGUGGGGGCUGCUGGGCUGCUGUUUCCUCUGCAGCUGGGCUCUGGGGGGUCCGCGGCCCUCCCGCUCUCUGCCACCUCUGUCCUCCCAAGUCAGACUGGGGUCUGUGCCCAUGUGGGUGCCCCCAGAGAGGGCUGAGGCAGCCCUGGCUUUUCUCUACUCUGGUGAUGCCCAACAGCUGUUGGGGGCUAAUUGCAGUGAGCGCUACGAAGCCCAUGGCGCAGGAGCCAGACCAGGGCUCCCCCCAGUCCUAUGGAGGGCAGCAGGCACCCUCGUCCAGGCUGCUAAUUUCCUCAACAUGCUGCUACAAGCCAACGACAUCCGUGAGUCCAGUGUGGAGGAGGAUGUGGAGUGGUACCAGGCACUGGUCCGCAGUGUGGCCGAGGGGGACCCAAGGGCAUACCGGGCUUUUCUGACCUUUGACCCUCCACCAGGGGCCAGCCACCUGCAGCUGGCCCUGCAGGCCACCCGGAUGGGGGAGGAGACCAUCCUUCAAGACUUGUCUGGGAGCAGAGUACAGAAGGAGAGCCCUACCCGGGCCCCGGACACCUCUUCCCUACAGAAGCGAGUGCUGACCAAUGACCUAGGGAGCCUCGGCAGCCCCAAGUGGCCACAGGGGGAUGGCUAUGUGGGGGACAUGCAGCAUGUGAAGCUAUCUCCUCCCUUUCUGGAAUGCCAGGAGGGUCAGCUCCGUCCUGGCUGGCUUAUCACACUUUCUGCCACCUUCUAUGGACUCAAGCCAGACCUCAGCCCAGAGGUCAGGGGGCAGGUGCAGAUGGACGUGGAUCUUCAGAGUGUGGACAUCAAUCAGUGUGCCAGCGGGCCAGGCUGGUACUCUAACACACACAUGUGUGAUCUCAACAGCACCCAGUGUGUCCCCUUGGAGAGUCGGGGCUUUGUCCUUGGCCACUACCUUUGCCGCUGCCGACCCGGCUUCUAUGGGGCAAGCCACUCUGGGGGGUUAGAAAAGAGUGCUGCCCAGCCGACUGGACAAUUCGCGUCCUCUCAAGGCAGCUCUGGGAGGCUGCUGCAGUGCCAGCGAUGUGCCGAGGGCUGCACCAGCUGCAUAGAUGCCACGCCGUGCCUGGUGGAGGAAGCCCUGGCGCUGCGGGCAGCACUGCUAGCCUGCCAGGCCUGCUGUAUGCUGGCCGUCUUCCUGAGCAUGCUGGUCUCCUACCGUUGCCGCCGGAGCAAGAGGAUCCGAGCCUCUGGAGUUGUCCUGCUGGAAGCCAUCCUUUUUGGAUCCCUGCUGCUCUACUUCCCUGUCUUCAUCCUGUACUUCAAGCCCAGUGUAUUCCGCUGCAUCGCUCUCCGCUGGGUCCGGUUGCUGGGUUUUGCCGCUGUCUACGGCACCAUUAUACUCAAGCUUUAUAGAGUGCUCCAGCUGUUCCUGUCUCGAUCGGCCCAGCGGGGCCCCCACCUGAGCGAUGGGCGUCUGCUGCAGCGGCUGGGGCUGCUCCUGAUGCUAGUGCUGGGCUUCCUGGUGGUGUGGACGGUGGGGGCCCUGGAACGAGGCAUCUACACGCCCCUGGUAGCCCGAGGCCACACUCCCACGGGCCGCCACUUCUACCUCUGCCAUCACGACCGCUGGGACUACAUCAUGGUUGUGGCCGAGAUGCUGCUCCUGUGCUGGGGCAGCUUUCUCUGCUAUGCCACCCGAGCUGUACCCUCAGCCUUCCACGAGCCGCGCUAUAUGGGCAUCGCCCUGCACAAUGAGCUGCUGCUCUCUGCUGCCUUCCACACAGCCAGGUUUGUGCUGGUUCCUUCCCUGCACCCAGACUGGACCCUGCUCCUCUUCUUCUUCCACACCCAUAGCACGGUCACCACUACACUGGCUCUGAUCUUCAUUCCUAAGUUCCAGAGGCCGGGGGCUCCUCCCCGAGAGGAGAUGGUGGAUGAGGUGUACGAGGAUGAGCUGGACCUGCAGCGCUCAGGCUCCUACCUGGACAGCAGCAUUGCCUCAGCCUGGAGUGAGCGCAGCCUGGACCCUGGAGACAUUCGGGACGAGCUAAAGAAGCUCUACGCCCAGCUGGAAGUCCACAAGACCAAGGAAAUGGCCGCGAACAACCCGCACCUGCCUAAAAAGCGGGGCAGCUCGCGCCAGGGCCUGGGCCGCUCCUUCAUGAGGUACCUGGCCGAGUUCCCAGAGGCCCUGGCCCGCCAGCACUCCCGGGAUUCGGGCUCCCCCAGCCGCAGCAGCCUGCCCGGCUCCUCGCGCCGCCGGCUCCUCGGCUCCGGCCUCCAGGAGUCCGAAGGGCCCCCGCCCCUGCGCAAGUCCCGCAGCACCUACGACCACGACCGCCACGGCCACCACCGGGAUCAGGACCCGCCGCUCCUCGACUCGCUGCUGCGGAGGAAGCUGGCCAAGAAGGCCUCAAGGGAAAGCAGGGAGAGUCGGGAGUCAGGGGAGGGGCCCCCCGCCCUGGGCUUCAGGUCAGCCAGUGCCCACAACCUGACGGUGGGCGAGAGGCUCCCCAGGGCCCGGCCCGCGCCGCUGCAGAAGUCGCUGAGCGUGGUGGCAGGCUCCCGGGAAAAGGCCCUGCUCGUGGCCAGCCAGGCCUACCUGGAGGAGACCUAUCGGCAGGCCAAGGAGCGAGAGGAGAGAAAGAAGGCCGAGGCAGCCUCGGCGAGCCCCGGGAGGAGGCCGUCGGCCAGGAGGCUGGAGCGAGCUCAAAGGGCCCCCCUGUCAGCCCCACCCUCCCCAGCCAAGAGCCGCAGUGUGGACAGCUCCCACACCACCGGGAGGCUUCAGGAGGAGGCUGCCAGAAGGCUGCCUCACCCACCUGUCCGGCACCAGGUCUCCACACCCAUCAUGGCCCUGUCUGGAACCUGCCCGGGAGAGCCAAGGAUGCUAUCUCCCACCUCCACCUUGGCUCCAGCUCUGAUACCAGCUCCAGCCCCAGCCACGACCCCGGUCCCGGUCCCAGUCCUGACCUCGGUCCCCGUCCCUGCCCUGGCACCAGUCCCGGUACCCCCCCAAAGCCCCAGCUUACUCACCUUCAUCUGCCCCUGGGAGAAUGCAGAACUGCCAGUCAAGAAAGGAAAUGUGGCUCAGGAAGUUCCCUCAGGCCCAGAGCGAAGCAGCCUGUCCCCUGCCCCAGCUCGGGCCAAGCUCUGGAGAGCCCUCUCUGUUGCAGUCGAAAGAAGGGGCACUGGAGAGAAUGGGGUGGACAUAGAGGAUGGACGUGUCCAAGGGGGAGUUGAUGAGGGGGACGAGGACAAGCCCAAGGUCUUCUCUAAAUCCCACAGCCUCAAGACCCCUGUUCAGCAGGGCUCCAUGCACAGCCUAGGCUUGGCUAUCAAAGCGCUGACCCGUUCUCGGAGCACUCACAAAGAGAAGGAGAGCAGGGAAGAGAGUCCCGAGACCGAGAAGGGAAGAACUUCAGGAGAGGGUGUGGGGGCGUGCCCCAGGUCUCCCAGGCUAGGCCGGCCCAAGGCGGUGAGUAAGCAGGCUGCCCUUGCACCCUGCGAGGAUGAGGAGUCCCUCCAGAACCAACAGAACGCUCACACCAGCAGAAUGCUUCAAGUCUGUCACCAGGAGGGCAGCAGGGAACAAGCUGACAGAGGUAGGAGGCCAUCCCAGGGUCCAGGGGAGGGGAAAGUAGAGAGAGUGGGUAAAGCCAGGUCUGCUACACUGACACAAGCCAGGCAGGGCACGGUUGGGGACAAAAGCACUGAGCGAGCAAAAGAAGCCGCUGUGGCGGGGCGGGAACUGCUCAGAGCUGGCUUUCAGUCCCUAGGCAAUGCUGACCGCAGGGUGACAGAGGUACGCCCCUGGGAAGUCACAGAGUCAGAAGUGUGGCAGCCUGACAGUAGCAACAAGGCCCAGAUCUGCCCCUGGGAGGUGAGCGAGGGAGCCCCUAAGAAGGGGGCAUUACGACAAGAUCUAGAUGACACUCAAGAGAGAGGGAAAGCCUCAGGAAAGCCAGAGCCCCAAAAUGUGGUUGUUGCUCGGAAAAAGCCAGAGAGGCUGGUCAGAGGGCAGGAGGCCAUAUGUCCCUGGGAGGGUACCGAUCCUGGGAGUCAGUCCCCUCGGUCAGCCUCUCAGGACUCUGAUAGAGCCAAGGGCAAGUCUGAGGCAGUGGGCAGAACAGAAGCUAGAGGGAUGGAGAAGCAUCAGCAGGAAGCCAUUAGCCCCGAAGUUCAUCCACCUGACAUUGCAGAGCUCUGCCCCUGGGAAGCAUGUGAGGGAAAGAAUGGGAAACCAUUCCAGGAGGGAGUGAAGAAGCUUCCCCAGGAAAAGCAGGAAACCUCCAAGAAAGCUACUUUCUGGAAAGAACAGAAACUGAGUGGAGACUUGGAGUCUUUUUGUCCAUGGGAGAGGACAGAUUUCCGGGGUCCCUCAGCAGUCUCUACCCCAGUCCUGGGAACUGCAGGGUGCUCCGGGAGCUUGGGCAGUAGCAUCUCAGAGGUGUGUCCAUGGGAGUCAGGAGAUGCUCCUAUCAGGAAAGCAGAGAUCUGUCCCUGGGAGCUGGGUGAUGAGGUAGCAGGAAAGGAAAUGCUAAGUCAGGGGACAAGUGGAGAAUUUCUCCAGGAAAAGGGGAAGGCCUCCAGAAAAGGGCUCUUUGGAGAGAUGGGAGAACAAACCGGGAAGGCAGUGGAGAAAAGUCAUCAACAGCAGGAGUCAGUGUGUCCCCCAGAGAGUAGAGCCCUUGGGCCCUCCAGCCCACGUCUAGAUAAUUCCUCAGCCAAAGUUGGUGGCCAACUCUUUAGCAAUGGAGGAAGAGCAACGCAGGUAGGUCCCCAGGGAGAUUCCAGGCCAGAGCUAAAGGAAGUAACACCUGCCAGGGCAGAACUCUGUCCCUGGGAGGUAAAUGAAAGAAUAAGAGAGGACUGGACAACGGGCCAGACAACAAAAGCAGGAGGAUCUCAAAAGGAUGUGGAGAAAGCACCUGGAACAUCAGGGAUGAGAGAUGGCACACCUUGGGAAAAGCCCAAGGAACAGAUCCCAAAGCAGGAAGCAGUCUGUCCUUGGGAGAACGUGGACCCUGGCAGCUUCUCCCCACAGCCGGGCUCUCAAGACACAGAUGGACCCAAAGCCAGUUUUCAUACAUCAGGCAAGGUGGGAAGUAAAACUGCCGAGGUCUGUCCAUGGGAUGCGGAGGACACUGUGCCUGCCGAGAAGGCUGAGGUCUGUCCCUGGGAGGUGAGUGCUGAAGCGAGGCAGGAAAGGGCUUUGGGAGUUGAGGCCACUAGGAAAUUUCCAAAUGACACAGGAAAGGCUUCUGCGGGUCCCGGACCCAGUGAGACAGCUGUUACUGCUUUGAAGAUGCCAGAGAGGCCAGCCUGGGAGCGAGAGGUGGCCUGUCCCUGGGAAAGCUUGGAUCCAGGCAGCUCCUCUUGGCAUUCUGACACUCUGGGCACUGACAGACCAAAAGCUGGAUUCCAGGAGCUAGACCGGGUGGGCUGCAGGGCAGCUGAGGUGUGUCCCUGGGAAGUGGAGGAAGCACCUACCAGUGAGAAAGCCAAGAUCUGUCCCUGGGAGGUGAAUGAAGGAGCUCCUGGGAUGGGAUUGGAACAAGAGAGCGGAGGUGACUCAGCAAGGCAGGGGGAGAAAACUCUAGAAAAGGAGAGACUCACCUCCUCCGGAGAAGAUAUAUCAAAUCAGGAGACAAAACAGAGUCAAGAGCAGGAAGCUAUUUGUCCUUGGGAGGACUUGAGGGAACCCCCUGCUCAGGGUGCUGAGGUCUCAGACUCGUCUCUCAGCAUGAGUAGCAAAGUGGCAGAGGGAUGUUCCUUGGAGGUAAGGAAUAAGGCAGCAGAGAAAGGGGACCUGACACAAGACCCAAAGAUGGGCUCCCUCCCACAACACAAAACCCCAGACAAAGCCUCAUCUUCAACGGCAGGAGAAUUCACUACUGAAAAUGAGAGGGAAGCAAGCCACGAGCUACAAUCGAUCUGUCCAUGGGAAAGUGGGGCCCCAGCCAGUGCUUUCUCCCCCCCAGACAGUCAGUGCCGUAACCUACCUAAAGCUGGCUCUCAGGGACUGGCUGAGGUGUGCCCGUGGGAUGCUCCCACACCUGACAGCAGCGCCAAAGCGGAGAUCUGCCCCUGGGAGGUAACUGAAGGAGUCCCUGACGAAGUAAUGGCAAGCCAAGACAGAAAAGGAAAACCUCCAGAGGAGAAAGAGAAAGCCCCAGGAAGACCAGAGCCCAAAGCUGUGGCAGCUCAAGAAAAGCCAGAGAGGGCUGAUGGGAGAAAGGAGGCAGUGUGUCCCUGGGAGAGGCAAGAUUGUGGGGCUCCGUCUCCACAGCCAGCCCCACGAGCUGCUGACAGAAGCAAAGGCAGUUCUGAGGUGGCAGGCAGUGUGGGGGCCAAGGUGGCAGAAAUGUGUCCGUGGGAAGCAGAAGAGGCUCCUGCUAAAGCAGUGGAAAUCUGCCCUUGGGAGGUGAAUGAAGAAGCCACAGAGAAAGGGAGACUUGAGCAAGAGGUGGACAGUAAAUCCCCAGGACAGGGAGAAAUCCUUCAAAAGAUAGCACCUGAAGGGAAUGAAGAACACUUCCUCAAAGCAGCAGAAGUCAGCAGAGAGCAGGAGACAGUCUGCCCCUGGGAAGAUGCAAGUUCAGGGGCACCUGUCCCCCAGCCAGAUGCUCCGAAUGCUUGCCCACCCAAAGGCAGUCCCCAUGGAGCAAGCGGUAUGGUGAGCAGGAUGGCAGAGCUGUGUCAAUGGGAAGUCACAGAUCCAGAAGGAAAUAAGAUAAGGGGCACCAUGGCAGACAUUUGUGAUUGGGAGGGACCUGGAGCCCCCUCUGAGGAAUUUGGCCUUUUGGCUUUACCAGCAACUCGGACAGAAAUAUUUUUCCCCACGGCCCCUGAGAACCCACCAUGCCUUUUAGUUCACAGACCUGCAGGCGGCUUACUUCCAGAGAGCAAAAGCCCCCGCCCUGAGGUGAGCAAGGUACCCACCACUUUUACUCCGGAAGGUGCCAGAGAGCUCCAAGGAACUUCAGGACAUGGGCCGAGGACUGGCUCAGCCCCAGAACUGAGUCUCCAAGAAGCUGAAGCUCAGGAACCCUCCCUCUUAACUGAAGACCAAGGACAAGUGGCUUCUACAGCUCUACAUGAGCAACUCUCCCCUCCAACUGUCUAUCCUUGGGACUGCGAGUAACAAAUCCAUCAGGUGAGGUCAAAUGUCAAGUGGCUGGUUUUCAGGAGCCAAGGUCCCUUCCAAGUCCUACACGUUCCCAAAGAGCUCAGGCGGAGACACGUGGCCACUUCCCCUUUCCAACGAGGCCAGAAGUCGACUCAUUCCGAAAACAGACUGUACAAGACAGGAGUGGCUUGGACCCCCACACAAAGUCUCACCCUCUCUUUACUUCCCACUCUGGUUCCUGCUCCAGUGAGCAAAGGCCAGACCCUCUGCUUCUAACUAAUCCUCCCAUCCAGUUAGAGGACUCGACACAAGCUGUGUCUGGAUACCCACUUGUAAAGCAAAUGUUAAGGAUGAAAGAAGUCAGCAGGCCCAGCCCACGUUUUCUCAUAAGGAGACCCCCUUUUCUGACCACUUCUUGAGAAGAAAUGAACCCAUUGAGGUACUGGCAACAUUAGAGACUGAAGAGGGCCAUCAAAGUCACCAUGGGCAGCUUGAGAAGCUGCUUACUUCAAGUUCAAAGAUAAGUCAGGGGAAAACUUAAAUGGCUCAGGAGGGGCCUGAAAUGCCUUAAUGACCUUGCUGUUUGGACUCUGGAUCCUGCCUGGACUCUGGAUUCCUGCCGUAUUGAUCCACAUACCUGCCCUGCUUGGCUGCUGAUGGAGAGCCGAUCAAGCACCCUAACUUCCUAAUCAAUGUCUGGCCCAAAGCAACACCAGACAGAGCACAAGGAGGAGAGGCAGUGGCUCCUAGUCCCCCUCACACUAGCCAAGCGGAAGCCCUCCCUUCUAGACACCCUCUCCAGUCUAAGGAGUGUGCCCCUUGCUAGCUUUUUCAGAUGGCUCCUCCCUACUUCUGCCCCAUCUUUUCCAUCUGGAGUUCACCUCACUGGCUCAUUCUCCUGCCAAGGUCUGAGGGCAGAGGGAUGGGCAUCACGGAAACACAGAGCCUUCUUAGUGGGCUAGGUUCUAUCCUCUCCAGUCAGUUCAGGCUACCUUGCUUAAGUGGUCCUAAGGAACAGUGCUGGAAUGAAGAUGCUAUCAGAGGGAGCUGAGGAAGGCAAAAAGCACUGGUCAAUGAAGUCCUGGCAUUGGCAGACGUGAGGUGGGAGGGGGAAACAGGCAGACUAAACAUGGCAGAGCUUGGCAGGGGCCCUGAGGAUGGCAGUCAGCCCACCCUCUAACUGCCCAGAUCCUGAUGCCAUUCACGGGGAAGAAAAAGACAAAACAAGGAGACCAAAUACCCAAUGGGAAAAAAAUGAGUCUGCACAUAAAUACUCUGGGAAGCUUCAGGACUGCCAGGAAAGUAGCAAAAUGCUCCAUUUCCAAAAAACAAGGAAUGGAAAAACCCCAGCCGUUCUGGAACCAGAUGCCCUUGUUCUCAUAUCUAGCCCCUCCCACCUACCUGGUCCCUUGCCCCGGGAUUUCAGAGCAGUAAUUAAAGUGUACUGUUGCUCUGGGCUCUGGCUAGUUAACCUCACCGCUGAGAAUUUUGCUAAGCACACAUCAGAACAAUUCCAUUGGGUCGAGUCUAGCUCGGAACAGAAAAGUUGUUCCUAUAACCCCUGUUGUGAAAUAAACCAUGGGGAAAAAAAAUAAAGAGUGCUUUUCCUUGA